AUGCGCCGUGGGCGAGAUCAGCCGACCUGCGUGAUCGAGGACAUUACAGAGCAGCAGGAAGAGCCCCAAUACGUGUGCGGUGGCGCAGCAGCAGCAAGCAGGUCAGGAGACGGGUCUCCCGCCAACGCAGCAAGCAGCGAGCGAGGAGCUGAGUCGGCGUCACGACACCAGGAGGAGACUGUAGUUGAGCUGCACGAUGCGGUGGUUGAACAGCAGAACGAUCAAGAGUCUGAGGGCCACAGCGAGAGGCAAGAGCAAGAGCAGGAACAGCAGCUGCCCUCGGGCACGCAUUCAGUGACCAGCAGGUCACAGCAGCAGGAGCAGCAACAGGAGCAGCAGCCGGAGCAGGAGCAGCAGCAGGAGCAGCAGCAGGAGCAGGAGCAGCAGCCAGACAAGCAGCCACAAGGGCCAGAGCAGCAGCAGCAGCUCCAGCAGCCGUGGGCACCCAGCUGCGAAGAGGAGCGACGGCAGCUGGAUCUCGCCGAGGCGCUGAAGCGCGAGGGCAAUGACCUGUUCGGGCAGCAGCGGUACGACGAGGCGUUGGCAAAAUACCAGGAGGCACUCGACGCCGCCCCGGAGCAAGCGCCCCAGCGCUCCGUAUACUAUGCCAACAUGGCGGCCUGCUGCCUCAAGCUCGACCAGCCGCAGCUGGCGGCGGAGCACUGCUCCUGCGCGCUGCGCAUUGACGGCGGCUACAUCAAGGCGCUGAUGCGGCGCUCCAUGGCCUUUGAGCAGCUGGACGACCUUGACCACGCCCUGGCUGACGUGAAGCAGGUCCUGGAGCUCGACCCCUCCAACCGCCCCGCCGCCGCAGCUGCGGCGCGCCUGCAGCCCAUCGUGGCGGAGCGCCAGGAGAAGCUCAAGGACGAGAUGCUGGGCAAGCUCAAAGAUCUGGGCAACACCAUCCUCGGAAAGUUCGGCCUCAGCCUGGACAACUUCAAGGCGGAGCAGGACCCCGCCACGGGCGGCUACAGUAUCAAGUUCUCGCAGUGA